AUGCCGUUCAAGAGGUAUGUUGAGAUCGGAAGGGUGGCCCUCGUCAACUACGGCAAGGACUACGGAAAGCUUGUCGUCAUUGUUGACGUUAUCGAUCAGAACAGGGCUCUUGUUGAUGCCCCUGAUAUGGUAAGGAGCCAGAUGAACUUCAAGAGGCUUUCGCUGAUAGACAUCAAGAUUGAUGUAAAAAGGGUUCCCAAGAAGAAGACUCUUGUAGCUGCUAUGGAGGCGGCUGAUGUUAAAGGAAAAUGGGAAAAGAGUUCAUGGGGGAGGAAGCUUAUUGUUCAGAAGAGAAGGGCUGCGCUUAAUGAUUUUGACCGGUUCAAACUGAUGCUAGCUAAGAUCAAGAGGGCUGGUGUUGUUAACCAAGAGCUCGCCAAGCUAAAGAAAGAAACUGCUGCUUGA